CGAGGCGCCUGCGCGGAACGGCCUCCGACUAGGCCUCUCCUCCUCCUCCGCGCCGCGGCUCCCCUUCCCUCCGGGCCGCCAUGGGCGAGCUGGAGCCAGACGUGGCGCUGCGGGUGCUGGCGGAGGUGGAGGAGCUGGCCGAGGAGGUGAUGGGCGGGAGGCAGCAGGUAGGCCUCGGGGCGGGAGGAGGGAGGAGGAGGGAGCGGGCGCCCCCAGACAGCCCCCCGUCUCAACCGCCCCCCUGAAAAGUAUAGGGCAGGUAGUGGUUAAGCUCACCUUCAUGGCAGUGUUAGCCUUCCUCAGCUUCCAGGUGGGUGGAGGGUGCCGUAGCUGAUUAUUUAUAUAUAUAUAUAUAUAUAUAUAUAUAUACACACACACACACACACACAGCCCGUGGGGUGGGUGGGUGUAAUAUAUAUAUAUAUAUAUAUAUAUAUAUAUAUAUUACAUAUAUAUUAUAUAUAUAUAUAUAUAUGCGUGUGUGUGUGUGUGUGUGUGUGUGUAUAUGUAUGAUGUUGUUGUUUAGAGUGUGUGUGUGUUAUAUAUAUAUAUAUAUAUAUAUAUACACACACAUAUUGUUUAAGCAGUAAACAACAUAUGUAUGUAUGUAUAUAUAUGUGUGUGUUUGUGUGUGUGUAUAUGUAUGUAUAUAUGUAUGAUGUUUAGUGUGUGUGUAAUUAAUACACACACACACAUAUACAUACAUAUAUUGUUUAAGCAGUAAACAAUAUAUGUAUGUAUGUAUGUUUGUGUGUGUGUGUGUGUGUGUGUGUGUGUGUGUGUAUUACACACACACCAUGGGCUUUGUGUGCAUUCCCUUGUUGCAAACCUGUGCCCCCUCCUCCGCCCCAGAUGCCUUCAGGGGUGGCUGGAGUUACAGUCCUACAACAUUUGGACGACCAACUGUUGUUAUCAUUUAUUACAUUUCUAUUCCACCCUUUGGCCGAGGACCACAGUUACCCACCCACCCAUCCAUGCAUCACCAUUAUUAUUAUCAGUGCUAUUUUUCCUUGAAAAAGAGGUGCCUGAACUGACCGUGAAUGCCUCCCUUGUUCGCUUAUUUAGGCAAGUCUGCCCAGGUGUUUAGAAAGUUGGUGCGUGUUUUAAUCCUUUUUUUCCUUAGUCUUAUUGUUUUAACUUUUUGAAAACUUCAGAUUACUGUUGUUAAUUUCUCCAAGUGAUACCGUAAUUUUAUAAUUUUAUUGCUUUACCUUUUUUUGUAAACUGCUUUGAGGGGGUGUUUUUUACGAUCAUAAUUUUUGCACAUUGUAUUGAUUUCUUACCUGCCCUUUUCUGUAAGGCCUUAGGAACAGUUAAAAGGUAAAGGUAAAGGACCCCUGAUAGUUAAGUCUAGUCGCGAAUGACUUUGAGGUUGCGGCACUCAUCUUGCUUUACUGGCCAAGGGAGCCGAUGUUUGUCCACAGACAGUUUUCCCGGGUCAUGUGGCCAGCAUGACUAAGCCGAUUCUGGCGAACCAGAGCAGCGCACGGAAACGCCAUUUACCUUCCUGCCAGUGCGGUACCUAUUUAUCUACUUGCACUUUGACGUGCUUUCAAGCUGCUAGGUUGGCAGGAGCAGGGACCGAGCAAUGGUAGCUCACCCCGUUGUGGGGAUUCGAACCGCCAACCUUCUGAUCGGCAAGCCCUAGGCUCUGUGGUUCAGACCACAGCGCCACCCACAUCCCAUAUAGGAACAGUUAGAACAACAUAAAAAUACAAUACGGGAAUCAGGGGAGUGCUUGUGAACUGGCCUUCAUGGAAAUCUUGUUGUGACACACCCUGAAGGUUUUUUCCCCAUUUCUCCCUUAGAUUGUGGAUCUGGGUAUGAAACAAAAUCAGAACCGGGAGGCCCUGAGGGCCCUGAGCAAGGACAUGGAGACUUCAGGUGAGAGGUCUUUUCGAACAUCACACAUUGCAGUCCAUUGUAAUUGGCGACAGUUCUCCAGUGCCUUAGGCAGUCUGCCUUUCCCAACCUGCCACCUGAGAUACUUCUAAAAGGAGAUGCCAGGGUCUGAACCUUGCACGUCCUUUGUGCGCAUAUCAUGUGUGCUGUUGUUGAGCUGAUAGUCUCUCCUGUCCCUUUUCCGUCUGUCUACAGAAACCCAUUGCUUCCCAGAAGCAUAUGGCACAUGGCAGUUUGAGAGCUCUGAUGUCUGUCCAGGUCUUCCUGUAUACAGUGGUACCUCGGGUUAAGAGCUUAAUUCGUUCUGGAGGUCUGUUCUUGACCUGAAACGGUUCUUAACCUGAAGACCACUUUAGCUAAUGGGGCCUCCUGCUGCCGCUGUGCCGUCGUCGUGCGAUUUCUGUUCUCAUCCUGAGGCAAAGUUCUUAACCCGAGGUAAUAUUUCUGUGUUAGCGGAGUCUGUAACCUGAAGCGUAUGUAACCCGAGGUACCACUGUACCAGGGUUCCAAUAAUACCAGUGUACCAAAGUAUAAGGCAGGUAUACCUUGUGCUGUGCUGCUUGCUUUGUAAGUUUUUUUGUUAAAGCAGAACAUAAAGCAGAACAUAAAUGUAACUUUCUCCAAGGACCCCAGAAUUACCCUGUUUUCCUUGUAACUAUCCUGUAAAUUACAUAAGGCUGACAGCUAAGGAGUUCCCAAGACCUCUUGCAUGGAGAAGUGAUUUGAACUUGGUGCUCUGGCCACACACGCCUCUUUACUUGUGAAUGAAGUUCACAUUUGUUCCUGCAAUUUCGAUGUCCUAUAUGCCACUAUGCUGAAUCUAGAUUGUCUUGAGACUCCUGUAUUUUCUCUGACCUCCGCCUGUUUUAUUAUUUACUGCUGGAACUAUAACUGUAGAUGCCACUGUAGGCAUCCCAGAGCUAAACCUAAUAGAAACUGCCCCUUGCUAAGCCAGCAUUAUUUUGAAGGAUGCGAUAGAAAGAAUUCAGAUAACAGCAAGGGCAAUUUUGUUAUGUGGAAUAACUCUUUCAUUUCUUCUUGAGCAUUUUGACUAGAGCAAGCUUAUCAAAUGCAGCUGUCUCCUUCAUGCACUGUAAGAGAGCCUAAGAUGGUCACCCCAGCAUGAAGUGAGAAACAAGCUCAUAAUUGUAGAAAUGAGUAAUUGGCUGCAGAUGCCGCUGUAGAAGUUGAAUGCACCGUGAUUACGACAAGUUCCUAUAAGGCCCUAUAGAGCUCAGGACCAAGUUACUUGUUGACAGACUGCCUUACCUCUUCUGUAAAUGUUACAACCGCUUUUUGAUUUUGCCUUAGACUUUCUAUAUUUGUUAGGUUUGGUUUAAAUUGCUUGCAUUUGUAUUGUUUUGGGAUGUGGUACACUCAGGUGGAGGGGAAAUCAUCUGAACACCUAGAAAUGUGAUGCUUGGAAAUUUGAAAUAUGUCUUCAGCUCUGUGUUGGGCUGUCUCUUAAUAAUUAGAUCCUUUCCCUCCACACCUGUAUAAAUAAAUCACUUUAUAAGGUCAGAAGAAUGGCAGUUUCUCUUCUUUUCUCGGUAUCCGCUCAAUAGAGCAGACAGCAGAAGUUUCAUAAUCCUGCUUAGUAGCAGGACAGGGAAUCAGCCUGAUCCCAGUCACGGCUUUUGCGUCAUGAAUUUUUGCAGUGCUGCUGGUAACUAUAAAUGCAGAUGCCACUACGGGAAAUAAUGCAGUAACUGUAGUGUUUAGUGAUAACUUAUAAUAGUUACUGUUACAUUUCACAAAUUGCGCUGGCUCCCCGCUCCCUUGCUGCCAGCCUUGAGCCUGCCCGUCCUAUCCAAAUGUUUUCUGGUGACACGUUAAGUUGGGUGACUAACGUCUGCCGCAAGUGGCAGCCGCGUCUCCUCUUCUCCCCGGGGAAAGAUUGUGCUCAGCAAAUUGCCUGGCUUCCCUCACACGCAGCAAGCCUUUUGCAUUAAUGAGGGCAAGGCGGAAUAAACGCGCUGGGCCUGCGAUGGUGCUUUGCUUCAUGCGCGUCUUAGGCCAGUGCUGAGUCUUUGUCCAAUGAUGGUGUCUGCUUUACCCCUCUCUUGUGGAAUAUUUAUCAUUCUCAGGCAGCUUUUCAGAGUCCAUUGACUUCCUCCCAUCCCAGCCCCACCAACUGGGUUGCAUUACUACACUUGAUCUUAGCCAAAAGGCCAAGAAACUGGGUUGCAUUCAAGAGUAGUGCUAAAGAGACCGUUCUGUCAGCCCAGGAAUUUCUGUUUGCCCAGUGGAACCAUCGCCCCUCAGCACCACCAUCUCACGUGCUGUUCUGGGGGUUCUCCCACCCCUCUUGAGCAAAGUUGAGGAGGGCACAGAGGGAGGAAAGGGUGGGAUAAAGCCCUGUUGUGCUAGUGAGAAUUCCCACGCUGAUGUCCACUAGCACAACAAGUUAGUUGAAUAUGGCUUCCAGUUUGGUAAGGGGUAGGGCAGAUCUGGGUAUACAGUCAUACCUCGGGUUAAAAGUGCUUCAGGUUGAGUGUUUUCAGGUUACGCUCCGCGGCGACCCGGAAGUAACAGAGCGCGUUAUUUUCGGGUUUCGCCACUCGCGCAUGCGCAGACACUCAAAAUGACAUCACGUGCGGAAGCGGCAAAUCGCGACCCGCAGGUGCGGGUUGCGUUCGCUUCAGGAUGCAAACGGGGCUCCGGAAGGGAUCCCGUUCGCAUCCAGAGGUACCACUGUACAGUGGUACCUCGGGUUACAGAUGCUUCAGGUUACGGACGCUUCAGGUUACAGACUCCACUAACCCAGAAAUAGUACCUCAGGUUAAGAACUUUGCUUCAGGAUGAGAACAGAAAUCGUGUUCUGGUGGUGCAGCAGCAGCGGGAGGCCCCAUUAGCUAAAGUGGUACCUCAGGUUAAGAACCAUUUCAGGUUAAGAACAGACCUCUGGAACGAAUUAAGUUCUUAACCCAAGGUACCACUGUAUUUAUUUUGUUAGGUGGUUGUUCUAAAGAGACUUAGAAAGAGACUUAGAAGGUGUUUGUGAGCUUUAGGCCACGCAUGACCAAACUUGGCCUUCCAGCUGUUUGGGUACUACAAUCCCCAUCAUCACUGACCACUGGUCCUGUUAGCUAGGGAUGAUGGGCGUUGUAGUCCCAAAACAGCUGAAGGGCCAAGUUUGGCCAUGCCUGCUUUAGGUAAUCAGGUAGGACCCGAACCAAUGGAUUCAAAUGACAAGCAAGGAGAUUCCAGCUAAACAUUAGGAAGAACUUUCUGACGGAAAGAGUUGUUUGGCAGUGGAAGGGACUCGCUCAGGAGGUUGUGGACUCUCCUUCGCUUCCUUGGAGGUUUUUAAUCAUCUGCCAUGGGUGUUUUAGUUGAGAUUCUUGCAUUGCAUUGGGUGAGACUUGAUGACCCUCAGGGUCCCUUCCCACUCUACAAUUCUAUGAUUCUUUAAUGCAGAUUCGUCUUCUUGUUUUCAGAUAAAGUCAUGGUUUGCUUUGGGAACAUGUUUGUGCAGUUUGGGAAAGCAAAAACCAAGGACAUGUUGCAGAGAGGUAAGAGCCCCGUUAUGUUUUCUGUCAUCUGCAUGGAAAAAUCUGUGGUUUUGAGAGCCAAGUCAAUUUGCAGUUCAUCAUCUUGGUUCUCUUUUCAUAGCUUGUACCAUCUUGGCGGCUUUGUGCUGAUGUGGUAGAUGCCGUCUGAGUGCAUGCUAGCUUCUAAGGUUUUGUCACAUGCUGUCAAACUUUAGCCCGCACCCUGCGGUUAUGAGGCCUGUCAACCAGCUUGAUAUUAUUUAAAAUGAAAGGUGAGAUUCUCAAGGUGCUGAUUGGGGGAUUAUUGUCCCCAGAGGCAGAGGGGGGAAGAAGCUGAGCAACUGGCCACUGAAGGGGAAAGAGGACUUUGUCAGAAGCCUUACUGAAAUCAAGAUACACUAUGUCCACAGCAUUCCUCUGAUCCCCCAAGCUUGUAACUCUACGAGAAAUGAGAUUAACCUGCCAUGACUUGUUUUCGAGAAACCCAUGCUGGGUCUUAGUAAUCACAGCAUCCUUUUCUAACUGCUAACAGACCAACCGUUUAAUUUCUGCUAUGGGACCUUUCCUAGUAUCGAUGUCAAGCUGACCAGUUGGUAGUUACCCGAGUCUUCUCCCCUCCUCCUUUUUGAAGAUGGGGACAAUGUCGUAUUAACUGUGUGUUUCUAGAGAAUCUAAAUAAUUUAAAUAACAACAACUUUUGAGGCCUAAAGUGACUGAAGCAAAUCAGCCAAAUUGUACAUUACACAGAGCCCCUGAACUGUUACCCAGCCAGCCUUGAGGGAAAAUCCCAUCCUCCUUUCAGAUGCAACUGUAUUAUUUAUUUGUAUUUAUUUACAAAAAUAUUUUUAUACCGUUGUAUCAUAGAAAUAUAUCAGCAGUUUACAACAAUGUAUUAGUUUAGUAUUCGUGUAAUUAGUACUAGUAGUGUACAGCAAAAUCCAUGUGUUGGAAUUUUAUUGAAAUUGUUGGUGUGCAAGAGAUGUCCCCAAAUUGUUGCGUUUAGUUGCAGUAAAUAAAAAUCUUUGGCUUGUAGUCGCCAGUGAGAUGUAAUUCAUACUGGUUUAAACUGAAGCUUAAAUGGGAACUGCCAACCUAGCAGUUUGAAAGCACAUCAAAGUACAAGUAGAUAAAUAGGUACCGCUCCGGCGGGAAGGUAAACGGUGUUUCCGUGCGCUGCUCUGGCUCGCCAGAAGCGGCUUAGUCAUGCUAGCUACAUGACCCGGAAGCUGUACGCCGGCUCCCUUGACCAGUAAAGCGAGAUGAGCGCCACAACCCCAGAGUCGGUCACGACUGGACCUAAUGGUCAGGGGCCCCUUUACCUUUAAUGAGUUGAAAGGGGGGGGGCGGCAUCUUAAUACAACACAACGGCAAGCUUUCCAGUGCGAAGAAAGAGUCCUUCUACCACAGUGCUUGCUCCCGAGAGACAAAGCAGGGAGUAAAGUGGGUUAAUUCAGGUAGUGAGUCUUAAAUCUUCCAGAUGACAGUUCACUGCUUUUUCUCCAGAUCAAGAACUCCUAGAUGAAGAAAUAGCCAAGUUGCGGAAGGAGUUGAAAGUGAAGGUCAACCGUCUCUUGGAAGCUCAAGGUAUUUGCCAGACAGGCUAGAAUAAGGUGGCUGUGUUUGAUGGGGAACAAUGGGUUGGUUGGCUCUUGAUCAAGUGCUCAGGGCUUAGAAGUUGCCUUCUUGCCUCCAUUCUUCAUGUCAUCUCGAUCAGCAGUAGUGGUUUGGGAUAACCGUAGUGGUUUGGGGUGAGCAGGAUUAUAAGGUGUACGCUUAUAAAUAUCUGAGAAUAGGCUGGUUCAAGUCUACUUAUUGGGGUGUUCUCCUCUAUAAGCUAAGCAAGGGGUGUAGUGGAAGCUGAGGCGAGGCAGGGUAAUUUUAUUGGUUUUUUUUAGUUUAGAUCUUGCCCUUCCUCUCCAAGGACCUCAGGGCAGGAAACACAUCAAUAAUCAAACAAAAGAAAUACAACAACCACGCAACGCUCUAAAAACAGUGAUCUCAGGGACAAUGUCUUUCAACCAUCAAAUGUCUGGGUGAACAGGAACCUUUUGAGAUUUCCCCCGAAAGUCAGUAAUGAGGGAGACAAGUGCACCUCAUCUGGGAGGGCAGUCUACAAAUGGGGAACUACCACUGAAAAGGCUCUGUCACUGGUCAAUAUCAACCAGGCAGCCAUGAGACCUGGCAGAGACCCAGAAGACCUUGGAGCUUCCCUACUGCUGGGGAGUGCUCUGGAACAGUCUACUUUAUGGUCAAAGUGUUUCCUCCAUGGAAUGAGACAAUUGUAAGAAAAGGUUUCUGCCAAACAACAGCAACAACAAAAUUUCUUGUGCCAUGUCCAUCUGACUGGGUUGCCCCAGCCACUCUGGGUGGCUUCCAACGAAGUAUAAAGGAAACCUAUAAAUGAGUCCUAGUGUGAGGUAGGGAGGUUUUCAUCUUGGCCACCUUUGCAGAAGUCUCGACCUGGGAUCAGGCCCCACACACCUACUAUUUGCACUGGAGUAAACGCUCCCAUUUCUGCCAAAGCUUUUCUUUCAAUGCAAAUUGCAGGAUUUCUUUUGGGGAGGGGAGAUCUGAUCUGGGAUUGCAGCAUGGAGCAAAAGGUUUUAAACUUCAAUUAUGGGGGGGGGGGUUCCCCCACCUGCCCUGUACCUUCUGAAAUUCAUUCACACAAUGGUUAGCUGUGUGAAGGAUGCCUCGCCUAGUUUGUAUGGUUUCCGCCGUCUUAACUCCCUUUCCCUCCUACCCUCCUAUCAGUGUCCAAGCGAGGAUGCAUCAUUAAGCAAAGCUUUAGCCGCAUUGCCACAGUGGAAUGUUUUUUCCUUCUUCAUCCCUUAUUGACAGUUCAUAAAGCUGCAGGGCCUGAAGGUCGCCGAGUCCCUCAUGCUGUUCCAGAGCAGGCUCCUUCUUUCCUUCCCCCGUCCCCCACCAAAGAGGCUGUAGUCUUCUGAGCGUCCUUUGGCAGAAACUGAAUCAAUUCAAACUGUAUUUGCUCACCUCUGUCCCAGCUCUAAGCUUCUUGGGCCAAAUGUUUGUCCUUUACCGUUUAGCACUUCACGGCCAGUGAUGGUACAUCUAGUCCCCAGCAAUCCAGGCAAGGGAGCCAAAGCCACACUUUGCAAAGGAAUCUGCAAAUUCCCCAGUGGCUCGGCUGGUGCUUCUACUGUGGCUCCUCCCAACCUUUUUAACACUCUUCAUCUCCUUGCUCUUUCUUAUUAUUUUUUUUAAAUAUUUUUAUUAAGAAUUUCAACAUAACAAUUUAUCAAAAAUACAUCAUCCUCAUCCCCCCCCCCAUUUUCCCCCUCCCCCAAAAGAAAAAAAAACCUUCCCACCCACCCCCAGACUUCCCUCAGCGCCUCUCUGUGGUUUUUUAGCACAUAUUAUUCUCUGCAUAUUAUAAAAUUGUAAAGAUCCUUAAUUUAUCUGUCCAUAUGUUACCAAUAAAAAAAAUGUGUAUGUUUAUUCAAACCCUGCCAAGGAGUCCAGUUCAUUUUGUUGUUUCUUUAAAUACUUUGUAAAAGGUUCCCAUUCAUCUUUAAAGUCACAGUUGUCCUUGUCACGUAGUUUGUGUGUCAAUUUCACCAAUUCCGCAUAGUCCAUCAAUUUCUCUUGCCACAGUUCUUUGGUCGGGAUUUCCUCGUUCUUCCAUCCUUGUGCUAUUAAGACUCUUGCCGCCGUUGUCGCGUACAUAAAGAUGUUUUUCAGUUUCCUUGGCAGGUCUUUUCCUACAAUCCCUAACAAAAAUGCUUCAGGCUUUUUUACAAAUGUUAAUUGGAACAUUUUCUUCAACUCGUUAUAUAUCAUUUCCCAAUUUUUAAAAUUUUUUACUACAGUCUCACCACAUAUGGUAAAAAGUCCCUUCUUUUUCCUUACAUUUCCAACAUGUGUUUGAGCCAGUUUUAUACAUUCUUCCUAUCUGCACUGGUGUUAUAUACCAUCUGUACAUUAUUUUCAUGUAAUCCUUGUUCUUUCCAAAGGUAAGCCAGAGCUGAAAGGCUAUAGCCUGAAGCCCUUGAGCGCUGAAGAGAUGCGGUUCAUGAGAAACGUGGUGGAUGGUUGAAGCGGCUUCCUGGCGCAGAUUUAGCAGCCGCCUCCUGCACAGAAAAAAACUCGAGAGAACUGCUCGCUUUUCAAAAGGCAGCUUCGCGUAUGCCUGAAGAAGGGGGUUUCCUGAGCUGUUGAGCAUCUGAUCCCUGGCAUCCUUUGUUGGAGAGGUUUGGGCUUGGGUGAAGCAAAAUGCUCAAGCUGGUGUCCUUCUGCGGUUUUGACAGCCUGACUGAAGCACAAGCACUGAAGCCCAAAGAGUAAGAGGUUGCAAUGUUGUCAUCAUAAGAUGGGUUGCUGAGUUCCGACCGCUGGAAAGGAAGCAGCAGGAACAGGACACUGCACACGUCUUUGUACUAAUAAAUUGUAUGCUCAAAUCCAAAAGCA